CUCAGUUGUUAAUAAAAACAAAAUAGUAGUGAUAGUUAAAUAUUAAAAAGAUGUAUUUAGCAAGUUAAAAUUGUGUUAUUUGGCGAUCGGCGUCUUACAACAAAACCAAUAUGGCCACCGAGAAGGCCGAUCUUUUAUUCUUCGAUACAUUUUCUCAUGAUGCUAGUGAGGAUUUGAACUUAGACCUUGUCCAGUUUCCCAAAUCGGUGUUUGUGACAGAAAUAAGGAUAAUACCGCUCGGAGCUCGUGUAGAAGGUGAUUUCCCUGGUGGUGUUCGCCUUGGUGCUACAAACCCAACCAAGUUUCAUAUUGACUUCUUUGUUAAUGACUUAAGUAAGCCGGGAGCAUGUACAUUCGAAGCUCUUGGAAGUUUAGAUUACUGCCAGAAUGGACAGAUACAUAUGGAGUGCAGUUCGGAUGCAGAGCAACCUAGAAUACCCACAGAUGGAUUGGUUUUGAGAGGUUGCUACACCACCAUAACGUUAGCAGUGUACGGCAGCUUAACACAAAUCUUGCCAGAAACUCCAGCUACUGUAAACGCUCCACCAACCAUACAGCGGCCAAUUACUCGAGAAGUAGCAGCACUUCCACCAAAUGUUCCACAAUCAUCUGACUGGAAUCAAGAUGCAUCCAAUCCGAUCCCAUCAUACACCGGCAAUGUUGCUACAGCCAACCCAGAGCCAUACGAACAACCGACAUAUCCAGAAAAUUAUGACAAUCCAAUAUACAGAAAUGAAUAUUACGAUAAUGAGGCAAGAAAAGAUCCUAGAACUUAUCACCAUUUGGAAGAAAAUGAGUGGGAAAAAGAGCGGCGCGAUCUGAGCUGCGAAAGAGACCCAGAUCGGUUAAGACACAGCCCUCGCUCUAUGGAAAUGGAUCGAGAGCGGCGGGAUGGUCGUAGUAGGAGACGUUCCUUAGAUAGGGGCAGGAGUCGCGAAUCCUCUAGACAUAGAGAUCAUAGUCGUGAGAUCGAUAGAAUGGAGAGACUCCCAUCUCGAUCGAGAAGUCGCGACAGGGACUACGUUGCCAAAGGCGAAUAUCGUAUGAGUCGGUCGAGAUCUCGUAGUAUUGAUCGCGAUUGGGACAGAGGCUCAUAUAAAAAAGAGGACUACAGGCGUCGUGGUCCGUCAUAUGAUAGAUCGCGCGGUGGUUCCUACGAACGUUCGCCUUACGAUAAGCGAGCUACAUCAUAUGAACGAAAAGUACCAUAUGACAAAGCCGGACCGUAUGAAAAGAGAAUGUCUCCAUAUGAUAAAAGGAGCUCUUCUUAUGAACGUAGAGCGCCAUCCCCCUACGAUAGAAAAAGACAUUCGCCUUACACGCGCAUGCGUGGUUCAAGCUAUGGGAGUCGAUCUCCAAGUCGCGAUGAUCCGAGAAAACGGCCUAGAACUCCACCUGGAGAAAGAAGACCGCUAUCACCUCGAGAAGGUGACGCUACAAGUCCUAUCAAUUCAUUAAGAUCAGAAGAUGGUGAUUUUGAUAGAAGUGGAAAGCAAAUUCCGCGUGUCGACUUUUAUCAUCAGAGCUAUAGGCAUAAGAGUUCUAUCAGAAGCCCCUCUCAGGAAGGCGAUAAUACAUUUGUCGAGCCACAACAUUCGAGUCUUGUUACUGUACCAAUUGUGGACACUGCAACUACAAGUAAAGUUGUUGAUUCACCGGUUCCUACUCAAGAAGAUAAAUCAAUGGAUGCUGAGCAAUUUGAGCCAAUCCUAUCAGAUGAAGAUAUUUGCGAUGAUUUAGAAGGACCUUCUUAUAUGGAAGUAGAUUAUGAUGUAAAUGAAUAUGAAGGAGUAGAUGACAUUAUUAAGUAUUAUAAUCCUUUCAAAGACGAAUGGAAUAAAUAUGAGCAUGUGAAUAGAAUUUAUAUGCUAGCUGAUGUGAAAAAGCCGGAAUUGAAAGACGUAAUGUCGGCUAGUUUCGAAGAACUAUGUGAUGUUAGCGCCGAUUUGUUUAAAAUAUUGGAGAUUACGAGAUCAACAAAGAAAAGGGAACAAAAAUUCUUUUCGAGCACAUUCCAAGAUAUUGAUAACUCGUCUAGGGAAGACUGGGUACAUCUAUGUGAACAACUUUUUGUUUCGCUCACGAAUUUGUGCAAGAAUACAGAUAUCAUUUUACGUGUUUUUCGAUCUUACAGCAGAUCUGAACCAUCAGACGAAUUCAUUGAUAUUUACAAUUUACUAGUGACAUUUUGCAAAAUUGGUUUGAAUUUUGAACUAGCAUUAUCACAGCAGCAGCCUACAUACAAGAUAAGGCAUAUGAAAUGCGGGAUUCGACUCGCGGAAGCUUUGAUGUCUCAUAGACAUAACGGCCAAGUCAUGAGAUUACUUUUAAACACAGGUAUUGACAUACCAAUGCUACUGUUGGACAUGUACUCAAAAGAAUACAUGGCUCUCAGUAUACGUCUCAUGAUUUUGAAAGCGCUGAAUGCGUGUUUGUCGUCAAAAGUAUCCGUGGAUCAUUUCAUGCAAGAAGCAGUCUAUCCUAAAUUCGACAAAAAUGCGAGCGAUCAUAAUAGAAAACCAAUGAAUGGUUAUCAAGCUCUUAUAUCUAUAAUGGAGUGCAAUCCGCUCGCAAGAGCUAAAUUUUCGCUGAGUGCUUUGAUAAAAAAAUUAAAUGUAUAUGAAGUGUUGGGAAAAUUGCACGAACUGAUAUUAAAACUUAACUCAAAAUCUGGCGGUAAAGGAGAAAGCGAUGAAAAUGAUUUAUCUGAAAAUGAUAUUGAUUUCAUAGUGCACUCCUUUGAAGAAAUUCUAUACAUGUAUAGAUCCCAAUGUUUCCAUCUUUCACAGCCCAAAAGAUUCUUACCUGUGUCUGCUCAGUUUGAAAUCAAUAAAGAAUGCUCUAACGAAACACUCCUAGAAUUUUUUAAUACUCAUCGCUUUUUGGAAACUUGUCUUUUCUUACUAACGUGUCCUUCGACGUGUAAUAACCUAGUUAUUACUAGUCGUAUACACGACGUUCUGUAUGAAUUGGUCCAUUCACACAAUGGACUAAUGUAUUUAUAUAAAAACAUGGCGUCAAGUGAGAUUUUCUUCAAGAUGUUAGCUCAGCCAGAUGGCCAGCCCAAUACAGAAGAAACACACUACCCCCAUGAUAGUAAUUUGAGUAAUUACAGUGAACUGCAAAUUUUAGGUCUCGAACUGGCUUAUCGACUGAAAGCUAUGUAUUAUCUCGAAUCGAUAUCUGACGUGCAAGCUGGAAAGGGAGAUGAAAAUGAGUUAAUCGAUCGACUACAGAAUUUGUAUUGCCUUAGUUUUGGUAACGUCGGAAAAACCGCUGUCCCAGACGUUAUAAUCAUGGGGGAUAAUGCAGAUUGCCUCAUGACUAUUUUUGAACAUAGUUUGAAGGGCAAAGCUAAAAAUGAGUCGCCGUCAAAACAUAAAUCACCGGCCAAGGGAUACGCUAUAGAACUUAUAGUUUCCGCUGUAAGGUACUCAGCAAAUGUGCCGUUUUUAAAGAAGUACGGCCAGAGACUCAUAAAUGUAUCUAAAGAACAUGACAGAUUUGAGCCUAGUGUGUCCAGUGUUUUACAAGAAGUGAUACCCUAUUUGAAACCAGUUGAAAAACCAACAGUCAUUGCUGGUGAGGACUUGGCGGAAUGCGUCGAAAUAUUAAAGAGCAGCCUAGAACAUUCGGCCGAUUUGCCCGGUGAGCUUAUGACGUGUUUGAGGAUACUUCGCCAUUUCUGUAUCUCUGAUUACGACUCGAAAGGGAAUAUAAUUUGUGAAACUCCAACUGAAGAGUAUAUUGAGUUGAAGUAUAAAUAUAAUGUGCUACAAUUAUUCUCAUUGGAUGGUGUUGCGCAUUUGGCCGGAAUCCUUGAUAGAUUGGCGACACAUUUCGACCAGCCGAGCAUGCAUACAUCUUUCUUCACAUCCGUUAAGGGCUUGCAAUUAGCUCAGAUAUUGGUUCCCUGCUUGCGAUUGCUGGAUGAGAUGUUAGCUAGAGUCGUGCGGUGUAGAGGACCUCGAUUCAGAGAUUUGACAGCCGCACCUAUUUUGUUGAAAACAUAUGGACUCGCUAAAGCAUUCCCGGUUGGAUGUAUCGGAUACAGAACGGCGGCAAAAGCGGCUGAAGCGUCAGUAAGAGCUUUGCUUGCAUAUGCCCAGCCUAUAGCAGAUGAUGCCAACGACGGUGAUUCUAUACGUCGUGGUCCUUGGACGUCAUUAUGCUCAGAAGUUAUAUCGUAUACUAUGACGGCACCAUACACAUUCGUUCCCGGUUUACUUAUUUUCUCGGAAUUACUUCCGUUACCACUGCCACUUCAAACAAAAACUGCUCCAUCUGACCGCGAGUUGGCUGAUGCAUCAAACGAGAGGCGACUUUGGUCCGCACAUCUGCACGCACUGUCGAAUGACUUAACAGAUAUGAUUCAAGUCAUUUGUAUGUCAACGUAUCGACCAGUGGUGCAUAUGUUGCGAAGAGUUUGCAUACAAAUCGCGGAUUUAGCGCCUAAUACGGCUGCUACUGUAGCCAAAGCAGCAGUAGGAGCUGUCACACGUGAAAUAAAAGAUGGCGAACCAGCUACAUCGAGCAUGGCUAGAGUGCUUAGUUUCCUAGCUUGCUUAGUUUCGCACGCACCUGUAAAAUGUGCAGUUAUACACGCUAUGAGCAACGGUCCUAAAGCGAAUGAAGUUCAAACAGCAUUAUGUGGAAUUUUCAGUUUGUCAAAUGCUUCAAACGAACACGCAGCUGCGCAGGAAUUCGCUGCACACGCACUCGCCGCUCUUUGCGACGCGGAAGUUACAUUAACACCUCUGAAUGCAGCUACAGACGUCAUUUUAGCGAAUUCAUUGCCAAAUAAAGAAGCAUUGAUGGCUUUAUUAGAAGCGACUGCAGAUUGUCUAGGCUCUGCUACUAGAACUUGUGCGGUAGCAUCGUCAGUACUACGCGCUUAUUACGUGAUGACAGAACAUGACUAUGGGUUCCAGCAGUUCAGGAAGUUUGUGACGAAACGACGGGAGUCUUUGGGAAAGUUCUUUAAAUGGGUUGUCGAAGGCACAGGGGAUGAUAAAGUGGAAUGCUUAAAUCUAUAUAUCGAUCUGAUUAAAGUACUGAGGAGUGAGGAGGGCGUGGGGCCUCUCGGGAGGAAGGGAGUGCUGACAUUGAAUGAAAUGGCCGAUAUGGUCGCUUAUACUGCGGAUUGUGAAGAUCAUCCUGUUAUCUCAUUGGAGAAAGUGCUUAAGGAGAGAAACGCAGACGAGGAAACCGUAUCCAACGCAAGUUUUCUCUUCACGAAUCUGCAGAAACUAAAAUCUGAGGAGCCCAUACAAGCUGAGAGCAUUGACUCAGUGCUGCCGGCGCCCGAACCGCUGGUGACACAGUUCGCUUCCCGGCAGGUGUACACUAUUGGAGACUCGAACGAUGAAAGAUUGACGAGUAGCUACUGGCUGAAUGUGCCCGCUGCGAGCGGAGACGAUGAUGUUAAUGAUGCUGAGCUGGUAUCCUGCGACAUAAUGGAGAUAGCGAACGUGCACCUGUCUGUUUCCGGCGGAGCGUGUGGGGGCGAAGCCCUACUCGCUGCCGUGCGCCGCCUUGCGGGGUGCCUUGAUACGCGCCCUGAAGCCCUGCCGUGCGACGAUAAGCGGCCUGCUGUGGCGCUGUCCCGCGUGCGCGGCGAGGCGGGCGCUGCGGGCGCGGCGGGCGCGGGCGCGGACGCGUUCCGCUCGCGGCCCCCCAACACCUCGCGCCCGCCCUCGCUGCACGUGGACGACUUCACCGCGCUGCACCACGUGUACGCGCCCAAGGGCGGCCGAGGUGGUCGUCGUGGCGCGGCUUCAGAGCGUGGUCGCUUCGCCGGCCCGCAUCCGCACUAUCGACAGCUUCGCGGUCGUGGUGCGUGGGAGAUGGGAGCACAACACGUGGGGCACUUUCCUCCCACUUCGCCUUACAUGAUGGGUGGGAUGGGUUGGGGUGGCGCAAGGAUGCAGCGUGGGCCCAGACAUCGAUCCUUUAUGCGAUAG